AUGGCUACCUUGGCCACACUCGUUCUGCCGGGCGAUGAGAUUCCCCACGGCGCGCUGCCCAAAGGAACCGGCAAGAAGAAGACGCUUACGCUGGGCCCGGGCUUGCGACACAUUCCGCCAAAUACCGUCGCGACGACUGUUGCGGGCGCACUGGCGACCGACGACAAGAAGAAUGCUGCUCUGGUCGAUUACAACAGCGGGAGGUAUCUUCCCUUCGUUGGCGACCUAGUCAUAGCCACCGUCAACGGCUCUGCCGCAGAGAACUUCAACUGCCUGCUUACCCCGAACACGUCUCCUGCAACCCUUCCCCAUCUCGCUUUCGAGGGUGCCACCAAGAAGACCCGCCCACAGCUCCCGCCGAAUUCGCUGGUCUACUGUCGCAUUGCUAGUGCGGGCAGGGACCUACCUCCCGAACUCACCUGUGUAGACCCCUCGACCGGGAAAGGCGAGGGCCUUGGUUUGUUGAAGAGCGGCAUGUUGUUCCAUAUCAGCUUGGGCAUGGCGCGUAGGAUGCUCGCGGCAAAAGGCGGAAUCACCCUGUUGGACCUUGUCGGUGCGAAAGUAGGCUUCGAAGUUACGGUUGGCCGAAAUGGUCUCGUACACAUAGACGGAGGAAAUGUGAAGACGACUCUUGCAAUUGGCCGGGCUAUACAAGAGGUGGACCAAGGCGCAUUCGGCGAUGAGAGGCAGAAGAAGCUUGCCGCAGAUGUCCUGAAAAACCUCUGAUCGCCCGACCCCUACGUCAACAACCGACGAAGAAGAUCUCAGCAAGGGCAAGGCAGUGGCCGCGCGCUCAAUUUUGAGCACGUUCAGCUUAUACAUUGUUUUGGAGAGCGUCAAUGAGUUCCCUUCUUGGUCAUUCGCGAGAACCAGCAAUUGGCGGAAGAUGUGCAGGAUUCAACCUGCAGGUCCAUCGAAUGAGAUGUCUCCGCUUCGGCCAUCGAGUGUCACCGCGCCUAAACCGCGCUGGAGGCAGUCAAGAUAUUGGUCAUAGGCUUACUUCUAGUCACAACACGACCGUAUAUGUGCUCCAAGUUACCGCACCACCAUUCUUGGCCCACCACGCCUAGUCACGGAUCCAAAUAGGAUAGCAAUGAAAGCUAAGGUUCCGGUUCUAGGUGGGAACUGCUAAUGGGUGACGAACUGGUACACGACGUCACUUCCGUAUGAGAAGCUUGACAAACCUAGAAAAA